CGUCCCAAACAUCACCAAGUCCUCCCAAUACUGAUUUAUACAAACACCCUGCGCUCUCCGAGAGCACAAACAUCACAACCACACCGGCGCACAGCGACCCCGUCGCAAGUCAAACCCGCACCAUGUCCUCCUCGCCAACAUUCACAACCCCCCUCAACCCGCGCCUCGCAGCAGCCGCCGGCGCAGAAGACGACGACCCCCUCUUCUCUUCCGCCCUCGACACCGUAACCCCGAACCGCCGCGCACUCAGCCUCGACCCCCCCUCCAGCCGCGCCUCCUCUCCUCCCACGUACGCCCUCCAACAACAACAGCAACAACCCUACGCCUCUCCCUACGCAGCUCAGCCGGCGGAUACCGCGGCCUUCUCCGCCUCGGGCCGCCGCUCCCUCGCCGCGACGCCCCACGCCCGCGCAGCAUACCGCACAAUCGACCAGCGCCGCGCCGCCGCGCUGACACCGGGAGGAAACAAACGCCGCGAGAGCUUCCGGCCGCGGAGGGAGUCGCUUCACGAUGUCCUGCGCGGGUUGAGUCGCGUGGUGAAGCACACCACGCAGCCCAUCUCGUCGUCCUCGUCACCCAGCGACGUCGGAUCGAGAGCAGCGGGGCCGAGCGCGAGUUUGCCGAUACGGACGGUGAACCGGAGGGGCACGGUGUACGAUGACGACGACGACGAUGACGAGCUUCCGAUCGAUAGGCCGCGGUUGUCGUUACCGCUCGACGUUGAGGAUGACGACGAGGACGAGCUUGUUGCGCCUGAGUUGUCGCAGAUUGACGAGAAUGCGACGAUUGAGUUCCCGCGGCGGGCGUAUGAAUUACGGGACCUCGACGACGACGACGAUGGUGAUCGCGGAGAAGGGUUCUUUCCUGCGUUUGAGGUUGGGGCGUUAGACGAGGAGGGGAGGGAGCCGGAGGAUACGUUGGACAGACUCUGGCUUCGGCGCGGGACAGCGAUUUCGGGUUCGAGGUGCCCAUUGACGCGGAUAACCAGACGACACGGACAGAGCUCACCGGCGCGACCGCUGCCCGAAUUCACAGACGAACAGCCGUCGCUUAACAUUGCGCCGGUAGACGACGAGCCGGCGGCCCCGCUGGACGAGGACCUAGGUUUCGGAAACUCGUACUACGACAUGCGCAGCUCGACGCCCAUCGAACCCACCGAAGCGACGCAAGGAGACCUGGACGGACAGACGGAGGUGAGCGCCGCGCAGCAGGAGCAAAGCAGAGGCCGCCCCGACACGCUGGCUGAGAUCCAGAGGGCGUCGGACUGGUUUUUUGAGCAGCUGGGCGACGAUCUGUCCGCGUACGCGAAGCAUGCCAAGCGCAAGACUAUUGAUGAGAGUGAUAUGCUCACUCUCAUGCGAAGGUACGUCUUUUUUGUCAUGAACUUUUCACUCUUCGAACUUUGCGUGCUCCAAACACAGGGGUAUCGACAGUCUUUUGAGGGGAAGGGGGUUUCCCUUUUUAUAUCCACAAGCCUUUUGUUCUUUUGGUACAAAUACAAUGGUCUCUAA